UGCAGGCAGCGAGCGGAGGCAGAGGAGCUGCGGCGGCAGCUGGAGGCCAACAGCUCGGCCCUCACCCGCACGCUGCGGGACGAGUACGCCAAGGAGAAGGAGGACCAGGAGAGGCGGCACCAGGCAGAGCUGAAGGUGCUGAAGGACCAGCUGGAGCUGGAGAAGCAGGCCUGGGAGGCCAACUAUGUGAAGAAGGAGGAAGCCUGGCUGCUCUCUCGGGAGCGGGAGCUGCGGGAGGAGAUGAGGAAGGAGAGGGACAAAGAGAUCGAGCUGGUGAUCCAGCGCCUGGAGGCCGACACGUCCUUGGCCAAGGAGGAGUGCGAGAGGGCAGCGGAGAACAGGAUCAAGAGGAUCCGAGACAAGUACGAGGUGGAGCUGCAGGAGCUGGAGCAGUCGGAGCGGAAGCUGCAGGAGCACUGCAAUGAGCUGAAGGGGCGGCUGGCCGAGCUGGAAGGGGAGAGCAUGCGGCUGCAGGGCCUGCUGAAGCACAAGGAGCAGGAGGUGAAGGAGAUCCGGAAGGAAUUUGCGGACAGGCUGGUGGGGAUGGAGGUGGAGAACGCGCGGCUGAAGGCAGAGAUGGCGGAGCUGAGGGCCCGGCAGCACCUGGAGCUGGACAGGCUGGUGCAGGAGAAGGACCGGGAGCUGGAGGAGGUUCACAGGAGGGUGAAGGCGGCGGUGCUGAGGAAGGAGGAGAGCAUGAGCAGCCUGCGGAAGCAGUACGAGGCAGCCGUGCAGAGAGCCAACCUCCUGGAAUCGCUGCUGGAGCAGCAGCGGCAGCUGGCCGCCGAGUGACCGUCCUGCCGGCCAGGGAGCGGGGCUGGGCCUCCCCUCCCUCCUCCCUUCUUCUCCACAGCCUGCUCCCAGCGCCGUGCUGGGACACUUGGUGGCCUUUAGAUGUUUGGGAGUUUUGUUCUGAUAAUAAAUCUCUGCUG